ACGGACACUCUGGUUCUGAUGGAGUUGGAACGUUUGCUGAUAAAGAAACACGCCAGUGAGCUGAUGGAGGCGGGGCUAACGGGACUGACCAACCAGAAGGACCGCCGGCGUCUGCUGAAGGCGGAGCUUCCGGAAUACCUCCUGGAUUUUGGCUACGUCAUCCUCGGCGAGAUCCGGUCACACGUCAUCAAAAUCUCCAACACGGGACCUUUCCCGGUGUCCUUCCAGGCGGACAGACGUGGACUCCCAGGCACAGGCUUCUCUGUAGAGUUGGAUCGGGUCCGGAAUCUGCCGAGCUGGCACACAGAAACCUUCCAGGUGAAGUUUGAUCCUCAGUCCGGCGGCACCAAUCUGGGCCCUGCAGACGUUGUGAUGCCGAUUCAGGUAUGCGGGGGCCCCAGGUUUCCGCUACGUCUCCGGGCCUCUGUGACCAUGCCGUCAUUGUGUGUGUCAGAGGAACGGGUGGAGUUCAGCAGCGUGCAGUGCGGUCAGUGUCAGAUCCGGUCCAUCCAGCUCCAGAACCAGCUCCCCGUGCCCUGCGAGUGGACCGCCGUCCCCCAGGAGACGGAAACCAAGGUAGACAAGCACAUCCCCAUGCACCUCCGCAAGAAACUGCGACAGGAAGUCAAACCCAAAGCAGCCAUCUUUGAGGUGAUGCCGCCACAUGACGUCCUGCUCCCCGGGCAAAAGAAGAACAUUGAGAUUAAGUUUCAGCCUCAGGAGAAGNNNCUGUACAGCCAGCGGCUGGUCCUGCAGGGGGCACAGAGCAGUCAGAGAGUCAUGCUGCUGGUCCAGGGCCACGGUCUGGAGCCCCAGUUGGAAUUUAGCCCUUCUGUACUGCAGCUGGGCCCAAUCUUACCGCUGAGCCCCGGGGACAAUGUGACGGUCGUGGUGAGGAAUCCCUGUACAUUCCCUAUCGAGUUUUACUCCCUGGAGAUGGACAAGCAGUACCUGGAGGAGGAGAAGAUCCUGAGGAUGUUGAAGGGAUAUGAUGCCCAGAACACUCUGCUCCUCCCACCGCGAUCGCCCGGAGAGAAGUUACCACCCGAAAUUCUGGAGUUCUACGAGGAGAAAAGACGACGUCUGGAAGAGCAGGAAGAGGGGCUUGUGAGGCAGCAGACUGAGCGCGGGGCAGGAGAAGAGACAGAGGAGCAGCAGACAUCAGACACGGGGGACAAGCACGACCUUCCAGGACCCCAGCGUGUCCCAUCUGCCACUAGUUAUGGGGAGAGCCGUUCCUCACAUGCUGAAGCCAAAGCUGAGGAUGCUGACGAGGAUUCUGAGAAGAAGGCUGGAGCAGGUGACAACGUUUCCGGCACCAGGACAGCUGUGGGAGAGUUGGAGCUCGAUCCCGUGUCUCAGGCUGUGGCCCGCUAUAUGGGGAUAGAUACCAGCAGUGAGGGACAGGCAGCAAGAACCCGCCGAGGCAUGGCCAUCAUUGUACACGGAGCCCCACUUACCGGCAAGUCCUCCACAGCAUUGGCGCUGGCCCAGCACUACAGCGCGACCUGCCUGUCCAUGGACACGGUGGUCCUGGAAGCCGUCUCUGAUGGGAGCACCCAAGCGGGGCUAAGGGCCAGACAAUUGUGUGCCAAGGCGGCUACCGAUCAGUUGCUGCGAGAGGCUGAGGAGGCAGCCUCCCAGACUCUGGACGUCCCCGGCGGGGAGCCGGCGCUCAGCAUGGAGGCCGUGGCUAAACACACGGCAGAGGGAGGCCAAGGUGCGGAGGUUAGAGCCGCCCCGCAAUCUGUUGUCUCCCGCGGGAAUCACGACGGCCCGCAGCCGGGGAAAGGGAAAACUGAGAGCCACCCAACAGCCGCGACCAAGCCGCAGCACCCAACCGAGCCGCCCACGUCACUGGCUGGGGGCUCGCCACUUCCGGGACCGGCACAAAGACGACUCAGUGUCAGCGCAAGUGUGGCCGGAGAACCGGGACUGAUGAGCUGCGAGCUGCCCGAUGACCUCCUCAUAGAGAUCCUGAGUGACCGACUCCAGUUGAAUGACUGUUCCCGUGGCGUGGUGUUUGAUGGUCUGGACACCGUGUAUGCCUCUAACACGCCCUCAGCUCUGCGCGUUAUACUGAAGGCUUUGAACAACCGCAGACAUAUCUAUCUCAUCAACCUGAAGCAAGAUUACAGCAGUAUGAAGACCCGCGAGAGAGCGCAGAGAGAGCAGGAAGAACAGGAAGAGCUGCGUGCUCAGGCCCAGGAGAAAGCCAACAUAGAGGACAUGGACGAGGAGGAGUAUGACCGCUUACCAGAUGAGGAGCGCGCGCGCAUCGAUCGGCUGCGUCUGCAGGCUCUGCGCCAACGCAAGAAAAGGGAGCUGGAGGAACGUCUGGCCCGGGAGGAACAGGAGCGGAAGCUGCAGGAGGAGUUGUUGAAGCAGAAAGAAGAAGAGGAGCUGAGGAAAAAGUUGAAGAGAGGAAAGAGCCGCAAUUCCGGAAAAGAGGAGAAGGACGGAAAGAAGAGUCAAAUUGGGAACAAGCAGGCUACAAACACACUGACUGUGAAGUCGGAACAUCUUUCGGACUUUGGGGUGGAGAGGAAAGUGUCAGUACUCAGAUCAGACUCGGCGCUCAAUGACCCAGAGGACACCAAGAAGAAGAGGAGUAAAGACGCACCCCAGCAUGUGGUCGUGUCGGAGGACCCCGGGAACGAUUCCCUCAGCGACAGCGAGAAGCAGCUGAUUCAGAGAUUCCGGAACUACGAGUCCUCCCAGAAGGAGAUCUCCCACGUCCUCACUUUCUGGGACCGAGUACAGGGCAUCCUUCUGCCACCUCCCCCUGCGGAGGAUGGCCAGCGCGAGGGCGAAGACCCAGCUCCAGAGCGACACGCCCCCUCCGGGAGGAAGUGCCGGAAGGACCGCGAGCGGGAAAAGCAGGAAAAACUGGAGCGGGAGAAAGCUGAGAAAGAACGUCAAGUGAAGGAAAGGAUGGAGAAGAUGAAGAGUAUGGAGGACGAGGCAGGACCAUACCAAGGACCAGAGCAGGAAGGCCAGAAGGUUCAAGAAGAAGAUCUGAAGGCUCUGAGGACAGAGGUGGGAAUCCCUCACUACGACCUGCAAGUUACCAGAAACCACGAGUCCAUGGAAGAGCAGAUCCUACAGAGCGGGACAUUGCCAUCAGUGGAGGAGAUCCUGGAAGGCCUUGGCUUAGGUCCAUCUGGUCCUCCAGUGCCGCCUCCACACAUCUUCUCAGUUGUCCCAUUACCAGACAGGAGGGGACCGUCUGCCGACCAGGAGACCCUCAGCCACUUCUCCUUCAUAGCGGCCUCCCCAGACGACCCCAAUGUGAUUGCCGAAGAGAAGAAGGAUGGAGAGGCCGAGCCAGACCCAUCGUUGUCCAUCCCGGCAAAGGAGGAGCAGCUGACACCCACCAAGAGUCGCAGCCGGAAGGAGAAAGGUGGAGACACGGGCCGCGAGAGCCAGAAAGACAAGAGACGCUCAACUUCUCUACGUAAGAGCCAGCAGAACCAGGACAGCCGCUCCCCACCGCCGCCCGGUGCCAGGACACCCGUCUCUGACCAGGAGCUCAGCAGCCUGGCAGGAGAGGCCCAGCCAGAAAAAAUACAAAGUCUAGGACUGUUCCGCUGGGUGGUGCCGGCUGGAGGACAAGUUCUGCUUCGGAUCCAUUACCAGUCCAGCAGUGUUGGCAACUUUGACCAAACCCUCAACUUUGAGCUUGUUGGGACCCGGCGCAGGUACCAGCUCUACUGCCGCGGCGUCUGUUCCUUUCCUACCAUCAGCCAGGACCCCAAGAUUGUUUUCCCUCAUCGUAAGAAAGGCACCAAAAGUCAUGAGAUCGUGCAGAAGAAGUUCCUCCUGAGCAGCGGCACGUUUGAUUUUGGGCCUCUGCUGUGCGGGAAGAGUCGGGAGAAGUACAAAGCGGGACAAUACCCAGAGAACGCGGAGAGGCUCGCCAUCUACAACGUGUCACCUAUGGAAUCCGAGGUGACUUUCUGCUUCCAGCACGACGUCAAAGCCGCCACCUUCAUACUGGAUCCCCCGAGCAUGACGCUGAGACCGGACCAGAAGCAGGAGCUCUCCGUGUGGGCGUACCCGACCGCCCCGGCAUUGUACGAGGAUAAUAUCGUGUGCUGCAUCAAGGACAACCCCGAGCCCGUCAUAUUCCGCUUGUGCUGCCGCGGCGUGCGCCCGGAACUGGAACUGGACCGCAAGCAAGUUCACUUUGAGAAAGUCCUGCUGCAUCGGAAAGACACCAAAACCAUCUUCCUGAGGAACAGCACUUACCUGCCGGCAGCCUGGCGUGUGACGGGCCUGGAGAGUCUGGGCGACGACUUCUCCGUGUCCCAGGAUCAGGGCAUUGUGGCCCCCCGGUCAGAGUACGGAUUACAGCUCCACUUCAAGGCCGCCAAAGCCUCCAACGUCAAGAAGUUAAUUCGCCUGGAGGUCUCGGAUGUGGAGAACAUUCUGGGAAUUGUCCAGCUGGAGAACAUCCAUGUGUUGGCAGAGUCGUAUGACGUGUCCCUGGACAUCAGCUUCCCAAAAGGCACAGACGGUGGGUUGGAUUUCGGGGUGGUGAAGGUGAUGGAUGAAGCAAAGCAUAGUCUGUCACUGAAGAACAAAGGCAAAUAUGAGAUUGGCUUCAGCUUCUCCCUGGAAGCCUCCAGUCCCGGAAUGCCUGAUCCCAACUCCAUAUUCACCAUCCUGCCCCAGAAGGGGACACUCGGCCCCAGUGACCGGGCCACCCAGGUACAGAUCGUCUUCCAGGCCAAGAAGGAAGUGCAGAUUACAGAUAAACCCGUCCUGAAAUGUCAGGUUAUUGAACCAAAUCUAAGUGAGGGAGGGGAGACAAUCGCGAGUAUUCCCAUCCGAAUAUCCGCCUCAUCAGCCUAUUCCAAAUACCGUCUAGCGCCAUCCUCCGACAUCAACUUUGGCGCCAUGGUGGUUGGAAUGCGCAAGCUUCAAUCUUUCACCUUGGAGAAUUGCGGGCUGCUGGAGUUCCGGUACAACAUCAGCAAAAUGAUUGGGGAGGUGAUGAUCCAGCCCACUAAAAAGGGGCCGGCUCAUGGCAUGAAGAGAUCUCGAUCCCGGGAGGGUUCCGGAUCCAGCAGAUCUGUUGCCUUAAGUAAAACCAAGCGCUCUGAUUCCCAGCUAAGAGAGACGAACAUUUCUGGACAGGCACGCAUUGCUCUGGGCAUGUUCAUUGUGUCUCCCAUCUUUGGAAGCAUUCCUCCGGGGGGUCAGCAGGUGAUCGCCGUGGACUGUCUUGUGGAUCAGCUUGGGAAGAGUGAGGAAUUCCUGGUUGUAGAUAUCUCUGACCGGAACCCAGAUGACCAUCCUAAUGGGAUCCCCUUCCGCCUUGUGACCGAGGGCUGCACUCCGGGAUUCGUCACGGAUGACAUCGGCAGCAUAUUUGAGGAGCACCGAAUUGUCGGGGACGCCAGGGUCCUCCAGUGUCUGCCGCCAUUGGACUCCGGCGGAAUCUACCUGAAAGACGAGAGCCGCUUCCUGUUUUGGAACGUCAUCGUGGGACAGACUUCCUGCGCCCGCUUUAAGAUCAUCAACAGCGGGAAAGUGGCGUGCGAUGUGACGUUAAGCAUCAAGCCCGUGUCCAGUAAGUCCACGGCUCGGAUCAACGACAUCUACGAAAUCCAGCCAUCGCGCAUGACGGUGCAGAGUCACGGGCACGGCUUUGUCACCGUGUCCUUCACCCCGCAGAGCAUGCAGAUGUACCAGUGUGUCUUCGAGGCCGCGGUGGAUGGGAUGCCGAG